UCUUAUCUGAGAGAAGCUGGUGGAUAUAAGGCGAUAAAAAUGGUCCGAGUACACUGUACUAUAUGAUAUCUAACUCGACGGAGGCGUGUUCGCGAUAGUUUCCGGUUAAGUGGGUUUCAUUUAAUUGUAUCUUAACCUUAAUCGAAAGAUAAAUAAUUUUAUUCACUUAGAACGUACCGGUUAAAGAGUUAUACCGUUUAUUGUUAUAUUUUUUUUGAGAAGACAUCGAAAAUGGCUUUAUACAGCUUAAAAAGUAAUCUCCAAUUGGCAACAUUGAAAACUCUCUCGCUGGUCUCCAUAAGCGUAAUGUCACCACAGCAAAGUGUCCAGGAGUUGUUCCGAGCAACUGAUUGUAUUUGUUUCGACGUUGACUCCACUGUCAUCCAGGAUGAAGGCAUUGACGAACUCGCCAGGUUCUGUGGCAAGGGAGAGGAGGUGAAGAGAUUAACUGCCGAGGCAAUGGGUGGUAAUAUGACGUUCCAGGAAGCACUUAAAAAGAGGCUGGAUAUAAUAAGACCUAAUGUCAAUCAGAUUAAGGAAUUCUUAGAAACUUUUCCCAUCCAUCUGACUCCUGGUAUCACUGAAUUAGUAAAAAUGUUACACGAGCGUGGAGUUGACGUUUACCUGGUCUCCGGAGGUUUCAGAAGUUUAAUAGAACCGGUGGCUGUCAAACUGGGCAUCCCUAUAUCAAACGUCUACGCUAAUAGACUUAAAUUCUUCUUUAAUGGCGAAUAUGCUGGUUUCGAUGAGAACGAGCCAACAUCAAGGUCUGGUGGUAAGGGUAUGGUGAUCAGACGGCUGAAGGAACAACACGGCUACCAGCGGCUGAUCAUGAUCGGCGACGGAGCCACUGACGCCGAAGCGAGUCCACCCGCCGAUGCAUUUAUAGGUUUUGGCGGUAACGUAGUAAGAGAAGAGGUGAAGAAGAGAUCUGCCUGGUACAUCACAAGCUUCCAGGAACUAAUUUCUUAUCUAGCUAUCCAGACUAAAUGAACGGCACGUAUAGAAUAAAUAAAUGUUUAGGGAAAAUCGACUUUAUCACACUGAUAUAAAGAUCAAAUAUUGCAUGACAAACCGGUACAAAAGAUUGACUCAAUCAUAUGACAAUAGAAAUAAAGAUUAAAUUUCUUUAACAUUAAUAAAAAUGUCAACCGCAAUUUUUAUAGGAAAAUUGAACCUUAAGUUAUUGGACUAAGUCGCAAUUUGAAUGCAUUUACAAAUAGAACUUUAUUUUGUUAUCGGUACUUUGAGUACAAGUUUUAGUAUUUUGAGGACUUGGUCCCGAGUUAAGGUGCUUGAAAUAAUUGUCGUUAUAGCUUUUUAUGUGUAAAAAUAAUUGGAUUAUGUCGUGACUCGUGUUCUAGCUCAGAGAAACAAUAAUGAAAAUUAUUAAGAUUUAAAAGAGAAAAUCAUUUUUAAAGUAACCCCGUUACAUAAUGUUUUGAUUAGAUUUUUUUUUUAAUUUCAUAUUCUUGAUAUUCUCCUUUACAUUAACAGCCUAUAAAUUUCCCACUGCUGGGCUAAGGCUUCCUAUCUCUUUGAGAAGAAGGUUUUUGGAGCAUAAUCCACCACGUUGGUGGAAUACACAUGUGGCAGAAUUUUGUUGAAAUUAGACACAUGCAGGUUUCCUGACGAUGUUUUGAUUCAUCUCACCUCCUCGCCUCCUAUAUAUUGUAUUACAUUCUCCUUUAAAUCUUGGUAAUUUUUUCACAACAUUGUCUAAUUGUAUUUGUAAAUAAAAUUAUUGAAUAAUUCAGUUUUUUUAUGUUGUCUAGGUAAUUGUUAGUACAAUUUUUAAUUAAUAGAUACUUUACGGUAUUAAAUUUUAUUAUAAGUUAUAUGAGGCAAUGACCUCAACAAAUGAUAUAUAUGUAGCUUUUUGUACUAUCAAAAAUGGCUGUGUACUUCCUAAUAUAAGAAAUAAAUCUAUAAAAUUCAUAUGCA